GACGCACUGAACCACACGCGCGGGCAUCGAAGGGUCGAUGAGCGCGGCGUCCGCUUCGUCGCUACCCGCGGCGCUCGGGAGCGCGCCUCGUCGUGCCUCGCGCGCGUUCGCCUCGCGUUCCACCCCUCUCCGCGCGGCAGCAGAGGAGGGGUCGCGUUCAUUCCCCUCUACGACCUCGGGCUCGCCCACGCGCCGCGUCGCCGUGGCCUCCUCCGUCGCGCUCACGCUCGUCCUCCUCGGCGCGUGCGCCGUGUCGCCCGUGAUGGCGUCCUCCGAUGAAUCCGAGAUGCUCACGGACGCCAUCCGCGCGCACCGCGUCGUCAUCGUCAGCAAGUCCUACUGCCCCUACUGCCGCGCGGUGAAGAAGCUCAUGGCGGAGCAGUACCCGGAGGUUCACCCGCACGUCAUCGAGAUCGACCUGGACACUCGCGUCGACAUGACCAAGUUCCAGAACGCCAUGGCGGAGACGUACGGGCAACGGACGGUACCCCAGGUGUUCAUCGGAGCCGAGCGCGUCGGCGGCUCGGACGACACGUUCAGGGCGCACGUCGACGGAACCCUUGGACGUCUGCUCCGAGACGCGGGCCGCUUCGAUGAUUCCCCCGCCGCGCGAAGCGCAGACGGCGGGAGGUCGACGCCGGCGGACGACGACGACGACGACGCCCCCGUCGAGCGGAUUCAGGGCGAGACCGAGAGCGAGGAGGACGAGCUCGCGAGGAUCCAGGCGGAGAUCGCGGCGUGGGAAGCGGAGGGCGCGUCCGAGGGGGAUGAGGCCGCGACUGGAGCGGUUGCGACCGCGCCCGACGCCGACGAGGAGGAGGAGUAGAGGGUUCUCACGAUAAUCGUAACCGUCGAACGUCGUACGUC